GAAGUGUUUGACCGUCUGUACCUCAUCUAUACAGUAGGAUACUCCAUCUCUCUGGGAUCACUUAUGGUGGCUGUGGUCAUCCUAGGUUAUUUCCGGCGGUUGCAUUGUACCAGGAACUACAUCCACAUGCACCUGUUUGUGUCCUUCAUGCUCCGAGGCAUUAGCAUCUUCGUAAAGGACGUGGUGCUGUACUCUGGCUCUGCCCUAGAAGAUAUGGAGAGAGUCAGUGUGGAAGAUCUCAAGUCCAUCACUGAGGCUCCUCCAGCUGACAAAACCCAGUUUAUUGGCUGUAAGGUGGCAGUGACCCUGUUCCUAUACUUCCUGGCUACCAACUACUAUUGGAUCCUAGUAGAGGGUCUGUACCUCCACAGCCUCAUCUUCAUGACCUUCUUCUCAGACAGGAAGUACCUCUGGGGAUUCACUCUAAUUGGAUGGGGGGUCCCAGCUAUGUUUGUGACAGUGUGGGCGAGUGUGAGAGCCACCUUGGCAGACACAGAGUGCUGGGACCUAAGUGCCGGCAAUCUGAAGUGGAUCGUACAAGUGCCCAUUCUAACAGCAAUAGUGGUGAAUUUUAUGCUGUUCCUGAAUAUAAUACGAGUUCUGGCUACUAAACUUCGGGAGACAAAUGCUGGCAGAUGUGACACAAGACAGCAGUACAGGAAACUGUUGAAGUCUACAUUGGUCCUGAUGCCACUGUUUGGUGUCCACUACAUAGUGUUCAUGGCGAUGCCUUAUACUGAAGUGACUGAAGUCCCAUGGCAGAUACAGAUGCACUAUGAGAUGCUAUUCAAUUCAUUCCAGGGAUUCUUUGUUGCAAUUAUAUAUUGUUUCUGCAAUGGGGAGGUCCAAGCGGAAAUUAAGAAAUCGUGGAGCAGGAGGACACUAGCGCUGGACUUUAAACGUAAAGCCCGUAGUGGCAGUAACACAUAUAGUUAUGGACCUAUGGUGUCUCACACCAGUGUAACCAAUGUCACUGCCCGGGGCCCGGCACUGCACCUCACCACACGCCUUGGGGGCCCCGUCACCGUGAACGGGCACCGGAAUCUCCCGGGGUACGUGAAGAAUGGUUCCAUCUCCGAGCACUCCAUCCCUUCCUCAGGACAGGAGUUACAUGUUCCCGAGGAGGAGCAGCAAUCCAGUAACAAGCCACCGCAUUCCGUUGAGGAGGAGAAACCCUCGCCUGUAGUGGAGGAGGAGCGGGAGACCGUCAUGUGACAAUCAUGUGACCUCUUGCGAGAGACCUUCAGGCAGCCUAUAGCGCCUCCACUGUGAGGACGAUCUCUGUAGGAAUGAGUCAUGGGAAAGAUCUCAAUUACAUACUCCUUGUGUCCUCUCUCCUCGUCUCCAGAGGGACCUCUGGCUUUCUCAUCCAAUGUUUUGAAAAGGAGAAGAGGAGAGAGGGCGCAAUUGACAGCUUCCCAUGAAACAUAGCACCACAUAGACCAGUCAAGCUUCUCAGUUGAUUUUAUUUCACUGCCUUCAAUGUGUUGCAGCAAGUACUUUAUAAUGGAUGAAUACCAACCAUGGUCUGUGGAUGAACAGUAGGCUAAUGUGUCUGACCGAAACAGACAGCAUUGAUUGUCCACAGGUCCUGUGGCUGAAGGUAUCAAAUGUAUACUAUAGGUCCUCAUUCUGGCAGGAGCAUGUUAGCUUAUGUUAGUGUAGCAGAUGGCUAAGUUAGCAUACAGCUCACUAGCUCACAUCUGCUACAUUAGGCACUCCUAGUGAUAUGAGAAUAUGCCUGGCUGCAGGAUCUCACUACGUUUCAAUUUGUUUGAAAAUGUGGAUGUACAUUGAGAUGACCCAACCCACUUUGAUGUAGCUAAAAGGGAAUAAAACUCAGGUCCUCUAAACCCUCCAUUCUAGUGCAUCAGUUGGAGCUAGUCUGUAGUUUCAGAGGUGUGCUGGCUUCUAGAGUUGAUUUAUAUGGAGAAAGGCCCAAUGGAUUACUUUUCCCCAUGAGUAUCAACUUUUUGUACAGUUUGUAUUUUUGCUAUUUAAAAGAGACUAUCCUAAUAUUCAAUGGCUAAUGAAGGUUAUGCUUUUUCCAUGAUGUGUUGAUGAUUACAUUCUUCAAUAAUAAUAUUAUAUUUCACAAUAUAUAAUACCACAAAAGUAACCAAACCUUGGAGCCCAUUGGAGUCAAAACGUGAUUUUCCUGUGUUUUAUAUAUAUUUCCACACUCUGAGAUUUGAAUAAUACUGUAAAAUUGUGAAAAUUAUGAUUAUGCCCUUUUAAUGUAAGAGCCGUUUGAAAAGACCGCCUGAAAUUUCUGCCUGUUUUGGUUGGGUGGAAUUUUGGACUGCCUGGCAAUAUCACCAAGGGGUAAAUUAGUUAAUAGACCAAUAAGAAAGAGAGUUCCAAACCUCUCUGCAAAUAAUAGCUCGUUUUUAGAUUUCCUCUCCCAACUCAGACUACUCCUAGAUAGUCCUAGCAAAAUUCUUGCUUGAGAAAUUACUCUUUGCUAAGAAGGAAUUUUGGUUUAUUUUUGACCAUUUUAAUUGAAAACAAUCACAGUAAGGUACUUAAUUGUUACCCAGAAAUGAUUUGUUAUCGAGAUACAAAUGGCUGCAUUGGACCUUAAGUUUUGGGAGAAAUGGAGUGGUAGAGACAGCUCAAAGAGGACAAAAAAUGGCUAUUAUUAUAAUGGAAUUGUAGAAAAAUACUUUAUUAACGUUUUAAAGGGAGGCACCCUCUCCAAAACUCAGGGUGCAGAAAACAGUAAAAAAAUAAAUAUGGAAUGUUAAUUAGUUGAGGAACUCCUAGGGAUUCUCAAAUUCCACAGGAGAAUUCCCAGGGAGACUUAUGAAGAGACGGACAGUAUGAAGGAACACCAGAACUGAAUAGUACACAACUGUUAUGUUUUAUAUAGUCCAGUGUUUUGCUGCUCUUUUGUAUAGUAUGUAUGCAUUUGCAAAGAAGUCACAAUGUUUACAAUGAUAAUAAAAUCCAUUCUAGCUGUGAGCUAAAAUAGCAUCAAAGGUCAUGUAAAUGUAUUAGAACUAUAAUUUGAUAUUUGUAAAGACUGUUGAAAAUGUUAAGGGAUGUUGACAAUGUAGAAUGAUUUAUAUUGUAUUUAGUGGUAAAAACAUAGAAACUGGAUAUAUACUAUAGAUGAGGGACAACAUACUGUAUGAGGAUUCAGGACCAUAUAGUCAAGAUUUCAGUAGAAUGCCUAUCAGAUGUAAUAACAUUAGACAGCUAUUUACACUAUACUCACAUGUAAUUCUGUGAAUAUGGCAGUUUAGGUUGAUGGGAGUCAAGAACUCAAUUGCACUCCGCUACUGUAUAUCCACAUAUAUACACGUUGACCCUACAGUUCCCUCCCCCACUACUCUAUAUCCACAUUUAUAAAGUGGGAGGUUUGAGCCCUGAAUUCUGAUUGGCUGAAGGCCAUGGUAUAUCAGGCCAUUUAGUUUUACUGAUCUAAUUACAUUGGUAACCAGUUUAUAAUAUCAUUAAGUCUCCUCUGGGGUUUGUGAUAUAUGGCUAAAAUACCACGGCUAA